AUGCUAGGCUUGCUUUGCGUUAGAAUCCUAUGCCUGCGCAAAGAAAAACAUAAAAGAAAAGUUAACUUAGAGGAUAAUAACUAUAAUCUAGAUAAGGACAUAAAGGUUAAAGAUAGUAAAGUGUUUAACUAUAAGGUUAGCUGUGUUAUUUACUAUAAUAAUCUUAAAUUUUCUAACAACCUGUUUACAAUCUAUGUUGCUAAAGGUGUAAAGAUGCCUAUAAUUCUAAGUAAAACUUUUAAGUUACUUAAUAUCUUAGCCCUACUUUGCAUUAUUUCUGUCUAUAAUAAUAGUUAUAAAUCUCUAUGUGUAAACUACAGUAAAGUAACUAAUAUAUAUAGGGCUUAUAAGUGCCUAACUUACAAGGGUAUCCUGCGUAGGCACAUUUAA